AGCUAUGCUUCGGAGAGGCUAAGAAUGGCGGUGGCGGCGGCGGCAUUGAGGCGGUCCCUGCUGCGAUCGCGGCGAUUCCUGCGCGAUCGCAGCUACAUCACCAGCGCCGAGGUCUCGGCGCCGUCGCUGAGCGACAAAUCGGCGUUCCUCAUCCAGGACGAGCAGCAUUACAGCGCUCACAACUAUCAUCCGCUGCCCGUGGUGUUUGCUCGUGCCAAGGACGCCGUGGUUUGGGAUCCAGAUGGCCGGGAGUACUUGGAUUUUCUCUCUGCCUAUUCUGCCGUGAAUCAGGGCCACUGCCAUCCAAAGAUCAUCGAAGCUCUCACCAAGCAAGCUCACAACUUAACGUUGAGCUCGCGAGCUUUCUAUAAUGACAAGUUCCCAGCCUUUGCGAAGAUGAUCACCAAGUUGUUUGGAUAUGAGAUGGUGCUGCCGAUGAACACCGGGGCCGAGGGCGUGGAGACGGCCAUGAAACUGGCGAGAAAGUGGGGAUACGAAAAGAAGGGAAUUCCAAAGAACGAGGCCAUUAUCAUCUCGUGUUGUGGUUGCUUCCACGGUCGAACAACUGGAGUGAUAUCGAUGAGUUGUGACAAUGAGGCUACUCGAGGCUUUUGGCCUUUGCUUCCCGGCCAUGUAAAGGUUGAUUUUGGUGACAUCAGUGCACUCGCAUCCGCUUUGGAAGAGCAUGGAAAGAAGACUGCAGCCUUUCUGUUCGAGCCUAUUCAAGGGGAAGCUGGGGUGAUACUUCCACCCGAAGGUUACAUCAAGGAGGUGCGCAAGCUUUGCUCCAAGCACAAGGUGUUGAUGAUAGCAGAUGAGAUACAAACUGGAAUCGGUCGAACUGGAAAACUUCUGGCUUGCGACUGGGAAGAAGUUCGACCUGAUGUUGUGAUUUUGGGAAAAGCACUUGGUGCUGGGGUGGUCCCCGUAAGUGCUGUGCUCGCUGACAAGAACGUAAUGCUGUGCAUCAAGCCUGGGGAGCACGGAAGUACCUUUGGAGGAAAUCCUUUGGCAAGCGCAGUGGCUAUCGCUGCACUGCAAGUUGUCCAAGACGAGCAGCUUUGUGAAAGGGCAGCGGACCUGGGGGAAGAAUUUAGAGUGCAUCUCCAAAACUCGCAAAAGUGCCAUCCGGACGUGGUGAAAGAGGUGAGGGGCCGCGGACUCUUAAAUGCCGUGGAGUUGAACUCUCAAGGGCUGGGGACGAGCAACGCCUACGAAGUUUGCCUUGCGCUGAAAGAGCGGGGAAUCCUCGCUAAGCCAACGCAUAACACGAUCAUAAGAUUUUCUCCUCCAUUGACAAUCAAACCGCAGCAGCUCCAGCAGGCCGCAAGCGCUUUCAGCGCUGUUCUCGACUGGGAUCUGUCAAAGCUACAAUCAGCGAAGAAAGAGGCGACUGCCAAAGUUGCUCCCGAGCCGUGCGACCGCUGUGGUCGCGUCAAAUACGCGUAAGUCGUGAUCCAUUCUUUGCUUGUAGUUGUUUGGUGUGAUUUUCUCGAGAGUAGGCCUACAUAUAGUUGUUUGUGUGAUUUUCUCGAGAGUAGGCCUACAGCUACAAAUCGCAAGAUGAUCGUGUAAAUGACAAGAACACUUGGGAACAAAUCUUCUUCUAUGUUUUGGAGA